GGGUGGAGGAGUCCCUUCCCACCCCACCACAACCACUUUGUUUAAGUCGCUUUCUUUCUUUUCGUCUUUCCUUGCAACUUGGAAUUGGAAGUAUUGUAUAAGAAAAAAAGAAAAGAAAUUGGAAGUGGAAAUCCUUUAUCUUCCAAAAGUUCAAUACAGUCAAAUAGGAGAGAGCUUUGCAAAGGCACAAGAAUGAAUCCCACCGAAUUAUCUGUUCCAUUCACUCUCUCAACAUUAACGUUUUCUUUUUCCUGUAGAAUAUGGUUAGCAAAUGGUGAUAUUAGCUUCGUAUUUGCAGAUAAAAAGGCUUGCUUUUUUGCACCCGAUCACUCCUCUGUAUGUGGAAUUCUUUGCUCUGCGUGUGUGUGUAUUCAGAAGCAAGGCAAUUUAAUUGCAUGAAUCCCGAAGGGGAUUCUGUUUGCAUUGGAUGGAAUAUUCUGGGCGUGGAGGCGGGACACUGGAGGAAUUGGGACUUGGUUGACUGGAAGGAGAUGAAGACGUAGCAAUAUGCAGUUUGAGGAUAUUCAAACCUUGGUUUUUCUCAUGUUCUUUGAAAUGUUAUAGUCUUUCACUAUUACAUUUUAUUCAUUGAAGCAUGUUGCGUAUUUGAGGUUUUGGACUGAAUUCACUACUUUUGUCUGUUUAUUAAUUUUAGUUUUUCAUGGAAGUUGUGAUGUGUUGUUUUGUGUUAUUGCUUCUCUAAUCAUUUCCAUGGGUUUUACCAUCUCUCUUUAAGGAUCUGGAUAGAAUCGUUUUUAUCUCCUUUUAUUGUGAUUGAUAGUUAGGGUUAUAAAGUAGAUAAAUUUAUUUAUUUAUUUUUUAGCUUGGGUGGAUUUGGAGUAGAAUUGUGUUGAUUGGGUUUUAUAUUAUAAACAUUCCUGCAGACAUAAAAUAAUUCUUUCCAAAUGUUUCUGUUUCUUUCAUGUUUGUGGAAAUGUGGCUGGUGGUAGUCUGAUGGAGUUUAUUGUUUCUCCUUUGUUAGGCACCACUAGAAGCCAUUAUGUCUCCUUCAGCACUGUUUUUAUUUUAUUUUAUUUUCGAAUUAAUAACACUCCGAUGGAAGAUGUUUUUUCUCUUCAUCAAUGUUUCCUUCAAAUGAAAAAGUUUAGAUUAUCAGUACAUGAACAAACCACUGGUGUUGGAAUGCUGAAUAGUUUGAAUUAUAUUGAUGAAAGUGUGCUUAUGUGUUUCUGCUCUUUAAAGCAGUAAUUCAAUUAAGCACGGGUGCUUUACAGAACUUGAUAUGGCUAUUUGAGUUGAAAUAACAGGGAAAGAAAUGAUGAUCAAUCCAGCAUGAACCACAUUCUCACAUCCAAUUUUUUUCCCCUCUGAUAUUUGCUCUUUGUUCUCCGUGUUAGCUCCAGAAUCUUUUCCCUCUCUGCAUAUCACUUAAGCCUUUGUUGGAGUACUCAUAUUUAAUUGAUAAGUUGCUUUCUUGAUCACUUCUUAGCGCUGUAAGGUUUCGCGAACUCUCAAUAUCAUCUUAGCUUAUAGAUUGACUGCAGGAGCAUAUUUUUCUGUGUUGGCCUAAUGGGCUGAGGGAAAGGGUGCUCCUGGCUUUCCCACUUCUUUUUUAAAUUUUUAUACAUAAAAAUUUAUUUGUCAUUCAUCUUUAGAUGGGAAAUAGGAAGAGUUCCUAAUGUUGCUUAAUUGUUGUUCUCAUGGUGAAUGUACAUGCAAGUUUAUCCAACCGAUUAAUGCUUUUAGGAAGUUGUAACCACUUUUAAGGUUAAUGCUUAGUAAAGUAUAUGGUGCUAGCAACGCGAAGUAAGUCAAAGAUGAAUUAGUGAUGAUGUCACAUAUAUUUGGGGGGGGGGAGAUUUUGUCAGAGAAACAUAGUGGUUAGUGAUGCUUCCAUUUGUUUGGUUUGCACCAAGGUUAAACUGUUGAGCCUCUCUGGUCUCUUUGUAUUGUUGGGCCCAGGAGAGUUUCGAGUUUCAAGGGCUACAAACGCUAUUCUAGUACUUGUAGCUUCUUCAAACUUCGCCUGAGUCAUUAUUCAUUCAUAAACUGCCAACCUGCUAACCCCCUUUCUUGGCCGAAUCCUCAACCAUUCCCAAUGCAACCAGAAGAAAAAAAGAAAUGACAUGAGAUAUGAAUGAAGGUCCAAAAAUAGUUAGCACCCUAUAAGAUAGAUGAACAAACUGCCUAAAAAUCUUGAAGGUUAGAGAUGUUAUAUCUGUUUUGGGCUGUUAAUUUUUUUAGCCUUUUGUGUUCGUAACUUGUUUUAUUUGUCUUGUGGAAAUUUGUAGCUUACAUCAGUAAGCCUUCAUGAACCUUGUAACCUUUUUCAAAUUGUAUUCAGUAACUUUUGUGAUGAAGGUAACUGUAAUGCAAGGGCGAAAUGGAAUUGACCACAAUUAUUAUGGUCUGACAUGGAAAAAUCAAUUCGGAUUCUACAAUUACGGUUAAGAUUAGUUCCCUGGAUGUUCGGACUUGGAACUGCUUCUUUGAAUUUUCAUAUUUGAAUCCGUAUGGAACUUUGACAAAAACAAAAGUCUGUUAGACUCGAAAGUUUGAUUUAUUAUAUUGUGUUGAAAACAUAAGUUUAGCUCGAAUUUCUUGUUAAGGCCAUGAUGUCUGGUGUCGACUCUUCAAUGGACCCUUAACUUAGAGCUGGUGAUAGGGAGUAAAUAAGACAUACUGCAAUUAAACAAGUGAAAGUUAGCCCUUCUUAUGCUUGUUCAAGACGAUGGAAAUCUUAACUAUGCUGGUAUUUGAAUGGAACCCGACAAAUAACUAAACUGCCAGUUGAAUGAAUGCUUUUGCAUGUGGCUGGCGAAUUGAAUCUGUGAAUUAGAAAGCAAUUACUUUAUAGGCACUUUUCUUUUAUGUGCUGCAGUUACAUGUAUUCUGAGAGUCUGAGUUGAACUUAGAUUUCCCCAGAUCCCACUGGAUGUUAUUACUCGUUGUUUGGAAAGCUGAUGGUUCUAUUUUUACCACCUUUCUUAUCCUUGGAGCAUUAACAUUCCAACAAUCUGAGGAAGAAUAGUUAUGACUCAGCAAAUUUUGUUGUCUACCUCUAUUUGUGAUUUUUUUUAAUGAUUGGAGAUUCCCUUUUUAGACAUCUACUGAAUACACUGUUUUGCUGAAUUGUGGUGCAUCUUAAUGGAAGGAUCUAGUUAUUCUUCAGUGGGAGGUUGCAUGAUUCAUAGCUAUUUGUUAUGUUUUGCAACCUGAUUCCUUCUGUAAUCUUGCACCCUGUAUGUUUAGGUACCAUGAUUUAUUCUCAUAGAGGUAAUAAUGGUGUGACAGCUCCUGUGAUUAGUUUAGAGAUUGUAUGUAGUUUGUAGCUCCACACUGUCGUACUUUUUGAAGUUCAGUUAUUCAACUUUUUCAGUGUUUCCUGUAUGGGUGGCUUCUGUCAAUGACUUAUUUCUCAUGGGAUUAACGCGGUAAUUUCCUUUUUUUGGAUUAUUUUGAUUUUCAUUUUUGCUUAACCUCUUCAAUGAAGAUUAUUUAAUCAAUUUCUAAUCCUUGCAGUAACAUCUUUGAUUUUCAAAGACCUGAUUUACGUUUUGAAUUUCCCGGCAGUGACUUAGUUAGAAUAGUUGACAAUGGAUAAUGGGAGACGUUGUGCAGACGUGCAUAUCACUAUGUAGUUCUUCAGGGGCUAUGGCAAAUGGCUACAUGAUUUGUGUGGUGAAGCCUUGUUUCUGUGGAUUCAUGUUGGCCUUUCCUUAUGAUGUUUGUUCACUAGUGUAUCAUUUUUGGAGUAUGACGUUCAAUGAGAGAGGACCCAGAAAAAAAAAAAACAAAGCAAGAAACUCAUUUGCUGGUUGAAAUUGCAACUUUUAGCAUACAAGCUGUUUGGUCGGAUAUGUUAGUGUUGUGUGCCACUACAUAGGUUGGACUUCUGAAGGAGGUUUAGAAUGUCAGUUCUUUUGGAAAAGUAGGAUCCUCCCCUUUUGGUAAAAGAUUUGCAUCCCAUUUUUUUCCUCAUAAGUAUUUAAUUAUUCAUUCUAGAGAAUUGCCGGUAGAAUACUUAUGUAGAUGAGGGAAUUGUUCAUGUCCUAGUGAAGCACAAGUAGAACAUUUUGCCGUGAAGUAUUUUUACUCUUGUAGAUGUAUUGUGGAAUUUGGUAAGGAGUACGUGCAGAGAUUUAUCACCAAAAUUUUCUUAUGUUUGGUGGUUUUAAGUGUGCUUACCAAAAUUGUGAUGCCACAUUUAAUAUGAUGGCCGUGUCACUCUUGUAAAUUAAACAAGGUAUAUGGGGUUAAAGAUGAGAAUUCGGCCCUGGGUUUUGCCUAUAUAUGUCGUUAUCCUCUCUAUCUUCGGCAGUCAUACCCUAGCCGCAGCCGCUCUCACUCUGAUGAGAGGGAGGUCUAUCAAAAUGUCUUAUGGUCCUCAUACAAAAGAGUACCGAAGUAAUAGGAAGAAGAAGAAGAAGAAGAAGAAGAAGAAGAAAAUUUCCGUUUUAUUACUCAUGAAAAUCAUCGAAUUAAUUAUCUACCAGAUUUUCCCAUUGUUGUCAUCUUCGUUGUUGUUCCAGGUUGGAGGACCUUUUUGUGUUUGGAUCUAACUUUUCCUUUAUCUCUUUGAUCUUCUUAUGUUUGCUUCUCUUCAUUGAAUGUUUUGACAGAUCUAAUGAAUUUAUUUUUGAAUAAAAUUGACCGUGGAUUUUCUGUGUGAAUUCAUUUUGUGAUUCAGAGUGCAGGGCAAUUGGUAAUGUCCCCAGUGCCCUUGUCAGCUUUGCGGACACGGUUGAAGAAGCCUACGUUUGAGAUUGACCCCUCUGAUAAAUUAUCAGGUAACUGUCAAUUCCCCCGUCUGAUAGGAUAGUGUUCAUCAUUUUUGCUAUCUUUUGUAAAACUUGGUUGGCUUGAAAACAGAAUGUCAAAUUCCCUCCCCUGCUGGAGCUGCUGAGCCUAAUCUUAUGGCUGGGUGCAUCCAUGAAGACCUUUUGGGGCAGCCUGGAGAACAGUCAAUUCCCUCUCAGGAACACCGACUGGAGUGUGAGGGUGGAGUUAGUUUCAGGGUCUUGGAUUCUGGGUCAGAGCCUCAGCUUUGCUCCUCAGUUCAGGAUGGUUUCCAAGCGGAAGAAGGCCAAGAAGUCAGCAACACGGCUGAUGAAAAUCCAAAGUAUGAUGAAACAACUUCAGUCCGGAGGGCAUUCUGGACAAGAAGACGCUGAAUUUACUGAAGCUCAAUAUGUGGAUUCUGGAUGUGAAGAUUUGGAAUUCGCUGAGGCUCAGUACGCAAAUCAAGUAACGCGUGUUUCUUCAUACGAUGGAAGGUCUUCAUUUUUUGGGGAAGUCCCAGCUGGAGAAAGUUGGGUGUUUAGAGGGUCAGGAAUUGUAUGAAAGUAGAAACAGUUUAGUGGAGACAAAGAGUCCUAGAAACAACAGUUACGGUAUCAAAAUCAUGACUUGUACUAAACCAAUUGUGUAAUUCUAGGGGUAAAAUGUGUCCCCGUCUCAGAAAAAUAGUCCACAUUAUUAUUUUGGGUUUUCUUUUAGAGUUAGUUAAUUAUAUUGCAUCUCAAUCAAAACUUUGGGCAUCACAGAGGUAUGCAAUCUAUCAAGUACCAAUGCUCAACCUGAACAAACACCUACAAAAUGAGCACUCAAUCCAUUCCCCGGAUAAGUUUGGUUUCCCUGAAAUUGAGUUAUCCAGUUUUCUGAUUCUGUUUCUGAGAUCUAAAAGUUUCCUCCUGUUUACUUGCAGACGUUGUAUUUGUAAUGUAAUAAUCAAAUUUCUUAUUCAUCAUU